AUGCAGACGCCGUGCCGCCACGUUGACCGCAUCGGCGCCGGCAUGUGGUUCGGCAUGGGGCACUUCGCGCUGAAGAACUACUUCGGCAUUUGCAACUGGCGCUUCGCAAUGCGGCUCGCGUUCUGGGGCAUCGCCGGAUGGGUCUACGCGCUCGGCACGUACGCGCUGCGCAUGCACCGCAACGGCUGGCAGUGGAAGAACCGCAGUGCCGUCUUCGAGAUGGAGUAG